AUGGCAGUCUCUGAAUCGACUUAUGAAACUCUGCCCCCCGAGUGCCUACUGCGAAUCAUUGCAUUCUUGGCUCUGCCGGACGUUGUUUCCUUGCUACGUACCUCACGACUUUGGAACUCGGUCAUAGUAGGCAAUGAGCAGAUUGUAUACCAUCGACUUGCCAACAACUGGGACUCUACGGCUAUACCGCUAAGUUCGUUAGGUACCGCGCUUGAAAAUUGGGGAAGCCCCAAUGCUAAGAAAAUUCAUACUUGGAAGCAAUAUUGUCAAUUACAGGUUGCCACAGAAAAGAGAUGGAAUGGUAAAGGCCGGUCUAAUUCGUCACCGGAUGUCUUCGGAAGGGCGCAGAGAAUUCAGGUGCAUCGAAUCAAAAUUGACACGGAAAAGUCCUUGCUUGUAAUGAGCGGGCAGGAUGAAGGAGAACGGAAGUCUAGUUGUACACUGUCUUCAAGAUCCAUCGCGACAGGCCUUGUUUAUUUGGACCAGAUUUCUAUCUAUGCUCAUGUCGAGAUGUCCAACGGAUUUGUUGUUUUCACUUGCGGACCAGAGGCACCCGACUCACUGGAAGUUUGGCGCUGGGCAGAGGACCAGGACGCCUGCCCCUUGAACAGUACCCCGACAGCACAACAGCAGCAGCUAUAUAGGGAUGCUUUGUCCAGACUCGGUCAUGACUCGGAUCGCCGAGGCGUACUUGUCCCCAUGGGCAUUUUAAAACAUUCCGACGAGACUAGAGCGUCUCGACUAGUGUACCCUACGGUAUGCGUCGGAAACCGAUCAGGAGAUUGCCUCUCACUCUGGGACGUUCGAACCCGGAAACUCACACAAACGAUCGACAUUGAGCCUUCGAUAUACCCAAGAUACCGGAUGUCGUACGUCGACGUGAACGAGACCCACGUUUUCGUUGCGACGCAUACGGUAUCUGUAUACAGCCGGGCUACCGGACAACUCGUGUUUCACCUGGACGAGUCGCACCUGGCACAAAUCACAACCCACAUUUCGGCUCCGAUUUCAACAUUCUCCAGAGGACCCGUGUUCACGACCCGAGACCUGCCAGGAUACACUGAUUCCGGUCGACCCAUGAUUUCUGGCCAUCGACCCUGGGAUGUUAUCGUGGCCGUCCAUGUCUCGCCGGACGGCAACGAUUUUGUUGCUAUAACUUCCCGCGGGCAUAUAUUUCAUAUAAGCGGACUCAAAGUCGGGACCACCAGACCUGACGAUGAAACCGCUUCUCGUUCUCCACUUCGCGUUCGGAUUUCCGCUACCCAGGCCCAGAACUAUUUAGAAAACCUUGCUUACGACGGUCAACGGAUUCUUGCUUAUGGGAACAUGGGUUUAUGUUUGCUCAACCUGGAAGACAGACCGCGCGAUCCAUUCAUGGUGCAGCUCGGAGACGGAGUGAUUGGAGAGUUGUACCCGUUCCGGCUAAAGACGUGA